GGCUGACGAUUAAACAGAGACGCCAAUCAUAUUGGGAUUGGUGAAGCCAGUUAGUGAAGGUAUCCUCCAUUUUAUAAAUUGUGGGGAACCACAAAAGAAAACACUUGUCUGGGAAAUUGAACUGUUGUCGCUCACCUACAUGUGAAGUUGUCUCUGUUGUGGAAGCAUCAUGUUAGACAUAACAGCAUAUUGACAGGGUGUUAAAUUCCAAUUCCCAGCACUAGAAUGGAAAGCGUUGCAUGUUAGCUACGUCGUUUUUAUUCAAGGCUAUGCCCGAGACAAAAACAUUCACCUUUUUGCUCUGCCUCUAAAUAUACAUGCACCAAUCUGUAUGUCAGUUAAUUCAAGGUUAUUAUAAGUGCAAUUAUGUAUGACUGCCUUACGAGAACUAAUUAUUGAAGCAGCUAGCAGGCUAUUGGAGUUGGCUACUAGCCCUAGCAGUUCAGUCCUCCUCAAUGGAAACCUAACAUUACUCCGGAAGAGGUGACUGCAGUCUUUUACAUUGUAAAAUUCAGGGAACAACGCAUCAUUGUGUUUUUCUUUUGUAUAUCUGGCUUUGUCUUGGUCUCACUAUUCGGAAGUGUGGCAUCUGAACAGCAUUCCUGUGCUUCUAUUUUGAGUUCCAGUAAUUCCCUCAAACACACCAAACAACUCAGGGAUAGGUUCUACCCGUUUUGCCUCAGUUGGUUCUAAAACAGUUCUAGCUCCUUCAUUUCGUCUUACUGUUGACAGACAGUGGAGAUGUUUGAAACGGUCUUUGUAUACAGGAGACGCCAUGAGGAAGUACAGUCCCUGGACGUUUCUCCCUGCCACGUACUCUCUCUUCACAGCUGCUGGACUCUGGGUUGUGUAUUUCAUAGCUGUUGAAAAUGAGAAGAUAACACACCUGAGUUCAGAAUACAACCGAUCUGUCCCUAAAUCCCCUCCAUAUAUAAGCUUUGCAGGCAAUGCUCCCCCGGCCAGCUGUGUAUUUAGCCAGGUCAUGAACCUAGCUGCCUUCGUAGGGUUCAUCAUUGGUGUCCUCAGGUACCUGCAACUGAAGCCCCAGGUCCACAAACCCUGGCUCAACAUCAGCAGUCUGGUGGCCCUAUCCCUGGCCUGCUUCGGCAUGACACUGGUAGGAAACUUCCAGUUGUCAAAUGACAAGGAGCUCCACAACAUUGGGACGUACAUGACGUUUGGCCUGGGAACGUUGUUCUGCUGGGUUCAAUCUGUCAUCACCCUGAAAGUCAACUUCAGGAACGAGGGUCGGAGGGCAGGCAUCCCUCGCUUCGUGCUGUCUGGGGCCCUCACCGCCUGCAUGAUUUUCUACUUUGCCCUGAUUGCGCAGCGUCUUCACAUGCAUGCGGCGCGAACGCAGUGGGCGCUGGUCAUGUUCUUUCUGAGCUUCCUCGCAACCUUCGCCAUCGAGUUCAGACACUGCCACUUUGAGAUCGUCUGCACCGAAAACCGCGACCCGCCUCUCAGCCUGUCAGCAACUUUCUCAGAGGUGUCCGAGUACCAGUCGGACCAGCUAUAGCUUUGGAGUGCUACAAAAGUUACGUUGCCUGUGGUUGGGGGGGGGGGGGGGGGGGGAUAUACAAAUGAACAUGAAGUCUUUAGGAGGUCAAGGGCUCCAGUGGGUGUCAGUUACUGAAGAAGAGUUAGUCAACCACUACAGCAUGCCUGACUUGACUACUGUACGUCGAGGUAUCUUUGAAAAGCAACAAACUCUUUCCAUAAGCAACCUUUGUCAUCUCAUCAGCUGGGGUGUUCACGAAAAGAUGCUAAAUGAUUUCAUUGAAGACAUGAACAGAUGUUUAUCAUGUAGCUGUGAGUAGUUGGGAGCACUCAUGUCUCAAGAUUAAUAGUGACACCACGCCUCACUGACUUUCAGAUGAAUGUAUAGUGGGGAAAACAAGUAUUUGAUACACUGCCAAUUUUGCAGGUUUUCCAACUUACAAAGCAUGUAGAGGUCUGUAAUUUAUCAUAGACACACUUCAACUGUAAGAGAGGCAAUAAAAUGCUAAUUACUUAAAAAAAAUCAUACGUGAUUCUCUGGAUUUUUGUUUUAGAUUCCGUCUCUCACAGUUGAAGUGUACCUAUGAUAACAAUUACAGACCUCUGUGCUUUGUAAUUAGGAAAACCUGCAAAAUCGGCACUGUAGCUAAGUCCUCAAAAUGUGGGAGUCCAAUCACCCUCUCCUAGUUUGGAUUCUACCGAACUUCCUCUACUGGCAUGAGGUUUUCUGCUGCGUUCGCUUUCCUGUCUACCUCUAUUUUCAGCCUGACUUAAGACAGACCGUUUGAGGAAGUCUCAGCCUCUGAAGAUCAGUACAGUGGUAUUACUUUUUAGGUCAUCGCCCAGGUACAAUGAUGCCAUUCUGAACCAUAUCACUGUUGCUCCCAUUAAACAAGUCACAGGAAUCCUUUUCAGUGUUCUCUCCCACUGCAUGUGAUUUAGUACAACAAUUGGCUGUCAUUCAAGCACAACUGACACAUGCAUCUCAGUGUCAUACUGCUGUUUGUUACAACAUUAAAAUGAUUUUACAUUCUGA